AUGGGCGAACCUGUUUGCCGGAAAAUCCCUCCGGAUCGUACUUCGGAAGAGGGGACUUUGCAGAUUCAGUCAAAAAAAUCAAAGAAGGAGAUCAAGGAAGACACACUGAUGUCAGACAAAAUGGAAGAUGCGGAAGGUUGUUUCGAUGAAAAUGUGCCCCAAACGUCUAAAGUGCACAGCAGCGAAAAAGAACAGGGGAGGUCAUAUCGAGAUUCCCUCUUGGGUUUCAAAGCCCAGGGCUUCAAUGGGAUUGCUCACAGUAACUCAACUAUGGAAGAAGACCCAUUGCUAUCUGAUUUAUUAGAUCAAACAUGGAAACUACCAGAACCAUCGGAAGAUAUCAAGAAACUAAUGGAAGUAUACCCGGUAGUUCCAUGCACUGAGGAGGAGUUCAAUGAAUGUUGCCAACCGUGGAAUAAUGCACUAGUUAUCACAGUUCUUGGUGCGAGGUUCCAUUUAUCCAGAUUAAGAGACCAGCUAUCCAGGAUAUGGGGAUUCAGUGAUUUCGAGCUUAUUGACCUCCCAAACAAUUACUAUGUAGUUCGUUUUGGUGACGAUGAACUUUGGGGAGCAAGAUACAAGAAGGUCCUUUUUGAGGGUCCGUGGAUCAUAGCUCAACACAGUGUACUGGUUCAACGAUGGUCUCCUUACUUCGACCCUUUCCAGAACCCUCUAGGGAGAAUUGCCACCUGGGUGAGGAUUCCAAAUAUACCUUUGCACUGCUACUCAAAGAAGUAUAUAUGGAGACUAGGAGACAUGAUAGGAAAGACAAUAAAGGUGGACAUGCACACGAUAGCCAAUAUCGAAGAGUCAAAAGCAAAGGUGGAAAGAGGACGGUUCGCACGUAUCUGUGUGGAAUUGGACCUGCAGAAGAAACUGGUACCAAGAAUAAUCUGCACUUCGGCACUGUAUAAUGUCGAGUACGAGGGUCUGGGGCUGAUAUGCUUCUCGUGUGGUAGGUACGGGCACCGAAAGGAAGCUUGCCCAUGGAAGCCUAGCUCAGGAGAACAGCAGGAGGAGUGCAAUAGCACCCCAAAUGUAGCAUCACCGAACUACAGUUUGCCGGCGACCCCAGUUACGACAGAGGACGAGAAAUUCGGACCAUGGAUGUUUGUCAAAGGUCCGAGCCGAAUACGGAACUCGAGGACUGUGAAUAGGAACAGUACAGGAGCCGGAAAUGGGUCUCAUCAGCAGUACAAAAAAAAAGAAGGGAAAAGAUAUCCACAGACAAGAUUUGCAGCUAUAGCAGACCUGGAAGAAGAGCUGAAAGAACAAGACGGUAGGUCCAUUGAUCUAGACGGGAGGGCUAAUCUGCUGACAAAAUCUGGGAAUGAAAUAGUCAUCUACGAAGGGCGGGUAGACCACCAGAAGGAAAAGAAGAUGGGUCCUAUGCCCAAAGGAAAAGAAAAAUCGAAAGGGGGUUUUAAAGUUAAAACAGGACAGAUGGGCUUGGGAAAAGAAAAUAGAAGUCCCGCUUUGGUAGCACAGAAAACAAAAGCCCAAACCAGCAAGUGUUCGGUGACAGAGAAAGAAGGAGGAGUCCAGGAAACAAGCACAAAAGUAGGGCCCAGGAAACACAGUCAAAGGACCCAUAUAGUUGUCAGUGGAAGUUCAAAGUCGACAGAGCCCAUAAUGCUAGAACAGAAUAAGGAAGCCCACCGAGAGAAAAUGGAAGGAGUGGUGAUGGAAGGCGUCAUAGAAGGUGGCAACAUUUGUUCAGAGAAUCAACCAAGCCUGGCAGGGAAAUUAAUGGAGACAGAGAAUACAUCAAUUGCGCAAGCCCCUCUGUGGGAAGCUAUGGAGGAUGAACCAGGAAAGAAUCUCUCGGGGACUAGUAUAUCUGGAAGUGUGCAACGCAAGGGCAUCUCGUGUGAAGCUGGUAGAGCCUUUCCACGUAUUUUUAGAGAUAUUGUAAGGAAGGUUGAAGCCACUGGCUAUGCAGGAGGAAUAUGGGUCCUAUGGAACGAGGAGGAAGUGUCUGUUGAAUAUAUUUAUUCCAACACGCAAUUGCUCCAUUGCAAACUCACGGACAUUUCUUCGGGUGAGGUAAUAUUCUCCACUUUUGUUUACGGCGACACCACAAUAUGCAAAAGAAGAAUGCUAUGGGAGUCCCUGAAAAAGAUUGCGGAGAGUGUCAACGGGGCCUGGACUGUAAUGGGUGAUUUUAAUGCUUUUUUGGAGCCUGGGGACAAGUUAGGGGGCACACCACCAGUUAGGCAGAUGAUGGAAUCCUUCCAAUCUUGUGUGAAUCACUGUGAACUGAUGGAGAUACCAGCAGUAGGGGACCGUUUCACGUGGGAAAGAGAAAGAGUCAGAGAAAGAUUGGACUGGGCCUUUUGUAAUUCAGACUGGGAGCUAACACACCCUCACUUCAAAGUCUACCACCAGCUACGCUUCAAGUCUGAUCAUAGAGUUUUGGUGCUGGCCGGAGAGAAAAUUGACAGCUUUCAAAACUCAAGGAAAACCUUUAAAUAUCAGGCAGCGUGGUGCCUUGAAUCUGAUUUCAAAGAGCUAGUCAAGGCAACUUGGGAAGGGAAGAACUGGAAUGAAGGCAGAAUUUCCUUUGAAAUUAAGGUUUCUGAGUGGAAUGAGAAAGUGGUUGGUAACAUCCCCAAAAAGAAAAAAAAAGAAGAAGAAGGAGGUUCUGAGGAGGUUGGAGGGAAUUGA